AUGUACUUCGAGGAGCCGGACGUAAUCAUUGAGUUUCUGCUGUGCACAGUCUGGGGUGCUUUCGAUAUCAUAUCCGAAUUCCUCCCUCGAGUCUCUAUCAUCCUCUACCGGGUCUACCCCACUUCCAUCAGUUCUUGCGCAAGGUCUUCCUGGCUGUAUCAGAAGCAGGGCCAGUAUAUCGCCCAAGAAAACGAACAACGGAACGAUCUGGAGUUUGGAGCGCAGAGGGAAGGUACUGAUCAGCUGCAACCGGUCGCUGAAGUUGGCAAAGAAGGGGUGCUGCCGACGACCGUGACGGAUGUUACCGAGUCCGACGUCUCGAAUAUGAUGGCUCUCUAA